UUCUUUACGUCGUGGAUCUGGACCGCAUGCUUGGUGGUGAAAUUUUUUUCAUCUAGUAUUUCUGGCGUUUUUGCAUAGAAAACAGACAACAAAUCAUCCAAUAUGCCUCAGAAUGAGUAUAUGGAACUGCAUAGAAAGCGGUAUGGAUACCGGCUUGAUUAUCACGAGAGAAAGAGAAAGAAGGAGGCUCGAGAGCCCCACGAGAGAGCCAAGAAAGCCAAGAUGCUAACGGGAAUUAAAGCGAAAUUGUUCAACAAGAAGAGACAUUCAGAGAAAAUACAGAUGAAGAAGACGAUCAAAAUGCACGAGGACAAACUGAACAAGAAGCGCAAAACCGACGAGGUUCCAGAGGGCGCUGUUCCUGCGUAUCUCCUUGACCGUGAGGGUCAGUCUCGAGCCAAGGUCCUCUCUAAUAUGGUCAAGCAGAAGAGGAAGGAGAAAGCCGGAAAGUGGGACGUCCCGAUCCCGAAGACGAGGGGUGUGUCGGAGCACGAGGUGUUUAAGGUGCUGAAGACGGGCAAGAGGAAAGGCAAAGCUUGGAAGAGAAUGGUGACCAAAGUUUGUUACGUCGGCGAAGGAUUCACAAGAAAACCACCAAAGUAUGAAAGAUUCAUCAGACCGAUGGGUUUACGUUUCAAGAAGGCCCACGUAACACAUCCAGAACUGAAGGCUACAUUCUGCCUGCCACUCAUCGGAGUCAAGAAGAACCCCAACUCGCCUCUAUACACACAACUAGGUGUCAUCACAAAGGGAACCAUAGUAGAGGUGAAUGUGAGCGAGUUGGGUCUGGUAACACAGGGAGGAAAAGUUGUAUGGGGUAAAUAUGCACAGGUGACGAACACUCCCGAGAAUGAUGGCUGCAUCAACGCUGUAUUACUUGUAUGAAAAGAAACGAACUGUAGAGAAAUGACCGUUAUUGAGUUGAGCUUGAGAAUCCACAAUGGAAUCCUGUGUACUUUAUCAAUGGAGCUUGAGAUUGGCGUUGGGAUCGAGUGGUUAGACUGCCUGGCUUGUGUUUGUUAAAAUGUGGUGCGAAUCCCACAUAGACCGCCCCACACACAAAUGUCAUCUAGUUGCUGACUGCCUGUUGAUGAAAACAUCAGCUCAAAAUCGGAUUUUUAGAACUAUAUUUAUGUGAAAGAGAUUGGCUUUUGCCAGCUUUUCAUCCAUACAUAAUUGUCGUUUGGUUUCGCUUCACCCUUUUCAACAUGUACCUUAUUCAGUCAUAUAAAUUAUAUGACUGGGCCAAGGCAUUUAAUUGGCAGGUACAUUUCAUGGGCCUCAACAAAUAAAUUUUAGAAGGGGUGACUAUUGAAGAAGAACCAAAUAGGAAGGGUACCUCAUUUGUACGAUAUAAAAACUGCUGCCAUAUGAGCACUUAUAUCGGGGUAAAUUUUUACCGUUUAAAAGCACAAGUAAUUUUGUAAUGUUUACCUAUUCUUGAGUCAAACAAUAUUACUUGAUAAAUGAUGUUGUGCUAUGGUAAUUAUUUUAAAAUAGAAAUCCAUAACAGCCUCCAUAAUGAUAAAUAAAGAUUUGUUGAAAUAUGAAAAUAA